AGCCCGGGGGGGCGUGUGUGUGUGUGAGACGGAGCCCGGUUGCUGCUGAGCGCGGGCGGAAACGAACGAGGCACCUUCCCAAGGAGCCAGGGGGCUGCUGCUUCCCGCGGGCUGAGGGGCGGCGCGGCGGGGGCAGCAGAUAACGCCUUGAGGCGGCUCCGUUCUCCCUCUCUCCCUUUCUCUCUCUCUCUCUUUCCUCGGCGACAGGAGACAAAAGGCAGCGCGCGGGGAGACGGACGAGGCGCCUCUUUCUCGCCGGGCAGCGAUGGCACACAGGAGCCGGCCGGUGCCGCUGCUGCAGCCUCCGCCUCUGCCGCCUCUGGAUGCCCUCCGAGCCGGGGGUUGUCACUAGCAACGGGAGGCGCGGCGCUCUUCCUGACGGUAACGGCGAGAAGGAGGCUUUCGGCCACCCGGCGACCAUGGGCAGAUGCAACGGGCGCUGCACGCUGGUCGGCUUCUGCUCCUUGCAACUGGUUGCAGCCCUGGAGAGACAGAUAUUUGACUUCCUGGGUUAUCAAUGGUUGCCGAUCCUGGCCAAUUUUUUACACAUUAUGGCCGUCAUUCUGGGUAUUUUUGGCACCCUUCAGUACAGAUCCAGAUACCUCAUGCUGUAUGCUGUGUGGCUCAUUGUCUGGGUUGGCUGGAAUGCAUUCAUCAUCUGUUUCUACCUGGAAGUCGGACACCUUUCACAGGAUCGAGACUUCAUCAUGACCUUUAACACAUCAUUGCAUCGCUCGUGGUGGAUGGAGAAUGGUCCUGGUUGCCUGGUAACCCCCGUGAUCAACUCCAACCUGGCCUUAGAAGACCAUCACGUCAUCACAGUAACUGGAUGCUUGCUUGAUUAUCAAUACAUUGAGGUGGUGAGCAGUGCAAUGCAGAUAUUCCUUGCGCUAUUCGGAUUUGUUUACGCCUGCUAUGUCAGCAAAAUGUUUAUGGAGGAGGAAGACAGCUGUAAGUAUCCAGUUAUCCCCCUGAAUAAGUAG